UUUACAGGACAAGAGCUUCAUAAACCUUCUCCCGCUGGUUUUCCAAUGGGGUGCGAGCCAGCGGAAUUUUUCAGCGAUAUACAGCUUGUGAAACAAUAACUGUAGUCAUUAUGUUAUUCCACAUUACUCGUCCGGACUCCAUUGUUCUGGAAGUGGAGGCGGAUCCAAAAGCAAAUGGAGAAGAAAUUCUUAAUAAGGUAUGCCAGAAAAUGGGAAUCAUAGAGGUGGAUUAUUUUGGACUCCAGUUCACUGGUACAAAGGGAGAGAUCUUGUGGCUGAAUCUCAGAAACAGGAUAUCUCAACAAGUAGACAACCUGUCUCCCUGCAAACUGAAGCUGCGAGUGAAGUUCUUCGUUGAGCCCCAUCUAAUUCUGCAAGAACAAACAAGACAUUUGUUUCUGAUGCAUGUGAAAGAGGAACUUUUCAAAGGAAGCUUGCAGUUGGACAGGGAACAGGCAAUAGAGCUCUCCGCGCUGUUGGCUCAAGCAGAGUUUGGAGAUUGCAACCAUAACACACCGAAGUACUCCCAGAUCUAUGGUCAAGACCCAAGUCAUGACACCAUCAACAACAUUUACAAGAGGCAUAAAGAAUGGGAGGGUGUUAGUCAGACUUCAGCGGAAUAUCAAGCCCUGCAGCUGGUUUCCUCUCUCGGCAACUAUGGUGUGGAGUGGCACUCUGCCCAUGACUCUGAAGGACAGGAGCUGCUCAUUGGCGUUGGACCAGAGGGCCUGUUCAUCUGCAAAACAGAUUUCACUCCUGUUGACAGACUCAUAUACCCAGUCAUUCAAAUGGCCACUCAGUCUGGAAAGAACGUAUAUGUCACCAUCACCAAAGACAAAGGGGACAGUGCGGUACAUCUAUUUAAGUUCAUCAGCACCAAUGCUGCCAAUGGAUUAUAUCGUGCUAUUACUGAGAUCCAUGCCUUCUACAGGUGUGAUACGGUAAUGAGCACAGUGAAGAUGCAAUAUAGUCGUGACUUCAAGGGUCACCUGGCCUCCCUCUUCCUCAACGAAAGCAUUGAUCUCGGUAAAAGGUACAUCUUCGAUAUCCAGCGCACAUCCAAGGAAGUGUACGACCGUGCCCGGCGUGCCCUGUUCAAUGCAGGCAUGGCUGUCACAGGAUGUGGGGGCCCGAGAGAUGUCUGCGGACCCUGUCCCUCACUGCGGGCUGAGAGAGAAGAGAGGACAUGUGUCAGCUGCAGAGAAACUCACGUUCUGAGGGAGAAGCUCCAAAGGCUGCGAGAGGCCCUGACCUGCGCUCUGUGCUGCGAACAAGAGAUCAAUGCUGCGUUCUGUCCUUGUGGGCAUAUGUUCUGCUGCUACAACUGUGCCGGCCAACUCCAGUAUUGCCCAGUGUGUCGCUCAGUAGUGGACCGUGUUCAGCACAUCUAUUUACCCACCUGUGCCAGUCUGCUUUCCCUGGCAGAGGUCAAAACUGCCUACAGUCCGCCCAGAGGGACUGCCACCUCAGAGGAUUAGCUAUGAAGAAAAGACCUGCCAAAUGUAAAACAAAUAACUCUUGCACAUGGACAGUACACUUGGCCACAGACUAUUUUAAAAAUAUAGAAGAAAUGUUAUGAUUACAUAUUCGAUAUAGUCAGCUUAACUGUAUUGAGUGAGGCUGACUGUCGGUACCUCAGGAAUAAUGACUGAACAAAGACAUUUUUUCAGGUUUGGAACAACCUGAGGGAUUGAUGACAGGCUUUUCAUUUUUGGGUGAACUAUCCCUUUAAUCUCGCUGUCAUUUUCAGACAUACUGUAAAAUGCAUAAAGAUUUAUUUUGUUAGAUAUAAUGUAGAAUAUAGCACUGUUGUGUUCAAAUGUAACUACUGUCAUUAUACUGUGAACCACAAAAUAGCAUACGUACAGUUAUAUAUUUUAUAUGCUUUUUCUUAAAUCGAUGAUUUAUUCCUAUUUAUUUUAAGAUUUUAGCAAACAUUUAAAAGUUGACUAUGUUGCAAAUUCAAAAUGCAAAGUAACUACACAUGUACAGUUAACACUCCACAUAUCUUUUAGCAAAAAGGGAUUUUACAGGUGUAUAUAUGUGAUGCGUUAUACACUAUGAACGUUUACAGUUUUGUUUUAAAAAACGUCAAAAAUACAUUUCAGUACAUUUCGAAAGAAAUUCUAUUAACCCUGCUGCAGUAUUCAAAAACACAUUUGAAAUGAUCAUAUCCUUUUUGCUAUAAAAUAAAAGGCUAUUAAACACCAGGAAGUUGUUCUUGCCCUGGGGCUAGUCUUCAUGUGUUUAUACAAGCCUUAUUUGUUGGUCGGUUUGUUAAAUCUUACCUGUCUGUCACACCUUUCCAUGCCUUUUAUUUGCACCCUAAUUCAUACAGAGUGGAAAGCCAUACAUGCCCUUUUUGGCAUGGCCCAUUUGUAAAUAGAUGUAUUAUUUUAUUAUAAAUGUGAUCUUUAACAAAUUAUAUUACGAGCAAACCUUGUUAUCAACAAUUAUAAACUAUGAGCUUCGACAUUAUUAGUAUGACACAAGAGCUGUAAAGAUGUUUUUCCUCUAACAAGUACUAAGUCCACACAAAUGUUAUUGUGUCAGAGCUUUACUGUACAGUAAACUCCUGUUGAAUGUAAUAUUGAGACAUGUUUGCACGUACUGUACUGAUAUACUGUAUGUGUAAUUGUACUCAUAUGUGUUACUUUACAGACAUGUAGUGACUGACGUGUUGAUGGCAAAGGUUAUACCUGCAUUUUAUCAUGACUCUGGACAGUCUUGAAAAGAACAAUUAUCAAGCAUUGGGUUUAACAUUUGUAUGCAUUUGAGAAUUUUUUUACUAAAAAAAUUAUAAAA